UUUGGGUGAGAAAGAGAAAGACCCUAUGGCAACUAGUUGUGUUCAAGAAGAUAUCGAUGAAGGACUCUACUCUAGACAACUCUAUGUAUUGGGUAUGGACGCUCAACGACGAAUGUCUUCCUCAAGUGUAUUGAUCUACGGACUUACUGGAUUGGGUAUCGAAAUUGCCAAAAACUUGAUAUUGGCUGGAGUGAAGCAAGUUUUUAUUUACGAUAAGGAGACAGUUUCUUCACAAGAUUUAUCUUCCAACUUUUUUCUAUCCGAGAGUGAUAUUGGAAAAAGUACAAGGCAGAAUGCCGUCGUACAAAAACUAAAAGGCCUCAACCAACAAGUACAAGUUGUAUUGGUGGAAGAUGAUAGACAGCUCAACGAAUGGAUAAGCAAAGUACAAGUUGUUGUCCUUGUCAAUCAAAGUUGGGAAACACAAGUUGAUUGGAAUCGUGUUUGUAGAGAACAUAACGUAAAGUUUAUUACUUGUGAGUCCAGAGGAGUCUUUGGUCAAGUUUUUGUUGAUUUGGGUGAUUCUUUUGUGGUUUCGGAUACUACUGGAGAAGAACCCAAGUCUGCAAUGAUUUCCUAUGUUUCACGUGCCAACCCGGGUUGUGUUACUUGUCUGGAUGAGAGUCGACAUGAUCUGGAAACGGGUGACCAUGUCGUAUUUUCACAAGUUGAAGGAAUGACAGAACUCAAUGAUGGGAAACCUCGAAGGAUUCAAGUCACUGGACCAUUUACUUUUACAAUUGAAGACACUAGCCAUUAUCAUGAAUAUAUAAGAGGUGGUAUAGUUACUGAAGUGAAAAUGCCACAAACUUUACAAUUUCAACCAUUAUGGGAAGCUUGGAAGGAACCUCAAUUUGUGUUGUCAGACUUUGCCAAAGAAGAUAGAAUGGAGCUACUUCAUUAUUGUUUUCGAGCGUUGCAUGAUUUUCAGUCAGAAUUUCAAAAAGCUCCUACUUCUGGUUGUCAUGAUGAUUAUGCUUUAUUUAUAGAAAAAUUGCGUCGUUAUUCAGAUAAGAGCGGAUUUGUAGUGGAAGCAUUUUCAAAGACUUGUAGAGGAGAUAUAUCUCCUAUGGCAGCCUUUCUUGGAGGAAUUGUUGCUCAAGAAGCAAUGAAAGCCAUUUCUGGAAAAUUUACUCCGAUUCAACAAUUCUUUUAUUUUGACUGUUUGGAAGUUCUUGGGAAUACGAUUGCUACUAAAGAAGAUAUGCAACCCAACCAGAGUCGUUAUGAUGGCCAAGUUGCUGUAUUUGGAAAACAUUUUCAAAAAGAAUUGGAAAAGUUGCGAUAUUUUGUUGUUGGUGCGGGUGCUAUCGGUUGUGAAAUGUUAAAGAAUUGGAGUAUGAUGGGAUUGGGUUGUUCUUCACAAGGGAAAAUAUUCGUUACGGAUAUGGAUAAUAUUGAGCGUUCCAAUUUGAGUCGACAGUUGUUAUUUCGAACACAAGAUAUUGGAAAACCAAAGAGCAUUGCAGCAGCUCAAGCAGUCAAACAGAUCAAUCCACUUGUCAAUAUUGAGGCAUUUGAAGCAAGAGUGGGAGCAGAUACAGAAGAUAUAUUUGAUGAUGAUUUUUGGGAGUCGCUUUCUGGAGUUGCAAAUGCAUUGGAUAAUGUUCAAGCUAGACAAUAUGUGGAUUGGCGUUGUACUUAUUAUCGGAAGAGUUUGAUUGAAAGUGGAACUUUAGGAACGAAAGGAAAUACUCAGGUUAUCAUUCCAGGUUUUACGGAGACUUAUUCAGCUUCAAGAGAUCCUCCUGAAAAGGCAAUACCUAUUUGUACUUUGAAGAAUUUUCCUUAUCAAAUCGAACACACUAUUCAAUGGGCAAGAGACACCUUUGAAGGAUAUUUCAAGUCAGCUCCUGAAGAUGUCAAUCAGUAUCUUAGUCGUCCAGACUUUGUGGAAUCAUUGCGUUCUCAAGGAGGAAGUACUUUAUCCAACACUUUAGAAACUUUGUAUGAUUCUUUGGUAGUGAAUAGACCAUGUUCAUUUGAAGACUGUGUUGCUUGGGCAAGAUUUCGAUUUGAAGAUCUCUUCUCCAAUACUAUUAAACAAUUGCUGUAUUCGUUUCCUGCCGAUAUGGUGGAUAAGAAUGGAGUUCCAUUUUGGAGUGGAACGAAAAGAGCACCACAAUCUAUACAAUUCGACUCUUCCAUUCCUACUCAUUUAGAAUUUAUUAUGACUGCUUCCAAUUUACGUGCACAAAAUUAUGGAUUAAAAGGGUCGAGUGAUCCUAAAUACUUCCAACAAGUAUUAUCUGAAAUAAUGGUUCCUGAAUUUCAACCUAAAGCCAAUGUGAAGAUUGCCACUACAGAUGCAGAAGCACAAGAACAGGAUAAUGCCAUGGAAGGAGAUGAACAACGAAUACAACAGAUACUUGAAAGCUUACCAACAGCAACGGAACUAGCAGGUUUUCGUUUAUAUCCCAUUGAAUUUGAUAAAGAUGAUGAUUCUGGACUACAUAUUGGUUUUGUGACAAGUUGUUCCAAUUUGAGAGCCAGCAAUUACGGUAUAACCAAUGCUGACAAAUAUAAAACAAAAUUGAUUGCUGGACGUAUUGUUCCUGCUAUCGCAACGACGACUGCAGUGGUGACUGGUUUGGUUUGCAUAGAAUUAUACAAAUUGUUACAAUACGGCUAUUUGAAUAUGCAAGUAGAAGAUGCCCAAAAUAGUUGGUUUGUGAAGAAGACUUCCGAUGAAUUGGAUACUUUGAGAAAGGAAAAUGAAAAGAAAGUAGCAGUUUUUAAGAAUGGCUUUGUAAACCUAGCACUUCCAUUCUUUGGAUUUUCAGAGCCUAUAUUAGCUCCCAAGAUUCCAAUCGGUGAUUCUGGAGUGUAUUUUACUCAAUUCUGGGAUCGUUUUGAUAUCAAUGAACAGAGAGAUGUGACUUUGAAAGAGUUUUUAGACAUUUUUAAACAAAGAUUUCAUUUGGAGAUAUCCAUGAUGAGUUAUGGUGUAUCGAUUAUCUAUUCUUCCUUUAUUGCACCCAAGAAGUUGGAAGAACGUCUUCAUCUUCCUAUGAAAAAGGUUAUUGAGACGAUAGGUAAAGUGAAUUUAUCACCCAAACAGAAAUAUUUGAUAUUCGAAAUGUGUUGUAAUGAUGAACAAGGAGAAGAUGUAGAAGUGCCUUAUUGUAGGUAUCGUUUUCGUUUUCCAUAGUUGUUGUGGGUUCAGAAUAAAACAGAAUGUCUUGUUUGCUAAAUGAAUGGAAACUAUUCAUG